GCGAUCUAAUUGUAUCCUUUCCUUUAGGAAGCAAAAAUCUCAGGGGGUCAGCAGCACACAUACAGAGCAGCAGCAGCAGUACCGGUUAGUUUUCGCCUCCUCUCUGCGCAAAAUUUUCAACUCGCAGGCAAAAUUAUAUAAGCGCUCGCCUCACCUGCAUCACGAAAUGGGCAAACCUCCGCGUUUUCUUGCCCUAUUGGCAGUUUUGAUGCAUUUCUGCGUCAGCACUUCCUUUGCUGAUACCAAAGCAACUGCCGAUAAACUGACAAAGGCCCUUCUGCAGGACCCCAACAUCCACCAGAACGUUGAAAUCCGUCCUCCAGGAAUCAAAAAUGGAAAAAUUAAAUUUUUUGACACCCUGGCUAAUAUUAGCGGGGAGCCGGUCGUAGUGACCGUACACAUCCAGAUUUUGGAUAUCACACACGUCGACGACGACAAGCAAGACUUUAGCGUGACCAUGUACCUCCGCCAGCAAUGGAGGGAUCCCCGUCUUGCAUACAGCAACCAAGACGCUAAAUUGACAAGUUUGUUGAUCACCGAUCCUAGCAAAAUUUGGAUCCCUGAUUUGAUCUUUCUCAAUGAAAAAGAGGGUCGCAUUCACGACAUUACCAAGGGGAAUGCUUUCAUCCGCAUUCAAAAGCAUGGAGAGGUCUUUUAUAGCACCAGAUUGACUGUUGCUCUUUCAUGUCCCAUGGACCAUUCAGAAUUCCCCAUGGAUGAGCAAAUUUGCAAAAUCAGUAUGGAAAGCUAUGCCCACAAAACUGACGAGUUGGUCUUUAUUUGGAAUGAAGACAUUGAACCGGUGCUUAUUAACAACAAGCUAACCCUGGAGCCUUUUGAACUUCAGGCCUACGGCUACGACCACUGCAUAUCUAACACCACCAGCGGAGAGUACAGCUGCUUGGAAAUCGAGUUGAGCUUUGCCAGAUCCGCUUUGGAGCAAUUCCUCGUGCAGGCAUAUCUUCCAGUUGCUGCUCUCGUAAUCGUUUCCUACCUGACGCUGUGGGUACCUGAACGAAGGGGUCCUCGCCUUAUUUGCGCCCUGUCGGCUUUCGCCGUGACCGCUCUUACCGCUGCAUUGGUCACUACCUUGGACCCUACUACCAGCGACGCCACUGCACUCGACUGUUGGUCCAAGUGGUCUGUGCUAUUCGCAUUCAUUCCGAUCCUCGCCAUUUUAGUCACUGGAUGUGGCCAGAUGGACAUUGACGACGAUGCUGCCAAGGUAGUUGGUUUCAUGAAUUUUCCAGCCAACUCUCUCUUCGAGUCUGCUUUUGUCGUCUUUUUGCCGAUCUUCUACAUUGUGUUUAACCUAGUCUACUGGUUCUAUUACUACAGUAACCAGGGCAUUGAUGGUCUUAGCACUGAAAAGAAAUUUGAUUUCGGUUUGGAUUGAAAUUACAAUCCUCUAAAUAAUCAAAUUUAAACGCACCUUAAAAAAAUGUACCAUUCUAUUAAGGCAAGCACCUUUUAAUUACGCACGCUUUUGAGUUCCCUUAAGUUUAUUUAUUUCUUCAAAGUUAAAACUCACAUAGGUGUCUAGGUGAAUCUUGUAAAAGUUGCACUCCUUAAUUAAUGAAAAGUCUAUCUAGACGUUAAAAUACAAAAAUUAAAAACACUUUAUGUCAUAGGGUAAUGUACCUACAUCCAUAAUCAAUAAAUUCAAUGUAAAGGCGAAAACAUAA